UUAACUUCGGAGCAGAAACAGAUUUCAACAUUGUUUACGAUCUUAACCCCAGAUUUUACUAUGGUUAUUGUGCCGAUCACUUGCGGAUUAUCACUUAAUGAAGAUAUUUAUUAUAUUGCGUCAAAUGGAACAUGA